AUGUACAACAGUAAUCUCGACAUCUGGAUUGCCGGAGCCUUUGCCGCAGUGACCGUAGACUUGAUCGUCUACCCCUUCGACACCCUUAAAACCCGAGUCCAAUCGCCCGAUUACAACCGACUCUACAAGGAUGCAGCAACAGGAGCAGUGCGCCGGAGCGCCCUCUACGGAGGCUUAUACCAGGGAGUUUGGAGCGUGGUGCUGUCCACAAUACCAGGUUCAGGAGCCUUCUUCACGACCUACGAAGCAGUCAAGUACACCCUGAUGAACGCAUCAAGGCACCACCACAACCCAGACAACAACCCCCUCCCCUUCACACACUCCUUCCCGCAACCCAUCAUCCACGCCAUCUCGUCCUCGACCGCAGAAAUGGUCGCCUGCCUCAUGAUGACGCCCGCCGAAGUCCUCAAGCAGAACGCGCAGGUCACCAACGUGAACACCAGCAAGGGCGGGCAGGAUGCAAAGAGCGCCAUGACGCAGGUGAUCGCUCGGUUCAAGCAUCGGCCCUGGAAGCUGUGGAGCGGGUACACGGCGCUGGUGGGGCGCAAUCUGCCCUUUACAGGGCUGAAUUUCCCCCUGUUUGAGCUUUUCAGGUCGCAUCUCGUGGAGUGGAGGAAGAGGCGGAAGGAGGAUGGUGCGAUGCAGACGCGGGAGUGGGAUCCGGUGGUGGAGAGGGCGGCGCUGACGGGGAUGUCGGCGUCCAUGUCCGGGAUGAUCGCGUCGGUCGUGACGACCCCGAUUGAUGUGAUCAAGACGAGGAUGAUGCUUUCGGCCAGUGAGAAUAACAAUGAUGACGGAAAUAAAAGCACGAAGAAGAAGACGGCUGGUUGGGGAACGCUCAGAGUGGGUAAGGAGAUCUAUCGCAAUGAAGGGACCAGAGGUCUCUUCAAGGGCGGUGCGAUUCGCGCUGCGUGGACGGCUGUCUCGCUCAGUAUGUAUCUGAGCAUGUAUGAGGGGGGAAGGUUCUAUCUAGAGAACAGACGGCGGGAGAAAGAUGGGUUGAACACACGGGUUGAAGUAGAUGGCUCGAAGGAAGAGGCUGCCAUCUAG